GUGUGAGCAGUGUGUGUGUGUGUGCGUGUGUGUGUUCUCUCUACUACUUAAGAUCGUAAUACCAACAAUAACAGAGUCGACGAGGAUGAACCAAGAUGGCGCCAAUAUAUACUAUGAGUGUUGUUACCAUGAGUUACCAGAUACUGUUAACAAAUAGAAAAUAAGCAGAAACAAAUGUUAACAGUUAUUAUAAAACACCGGCAAUAAAGAUGGGCUGGUGUGAGUUGGUGUUACUGCAGACGGUGGUGAUCGGGUACUCGUGGGGGGCGAUGCUGGUGCAGUUCGACUCAACUCCCCCUUCUGUCUUUACCUGGAGCGACGACAGCGUAAUGACAGUCAAUCCUCAACAGGCCCACGACCUCCUGGCCAGCAUGGUGGUGGACACGGCCAGGGAACUCCACGAAAGACACCCAGCCAACAGAAACAACAGUAGCAACAGGAAUUCCCACAACAGCGACUCCUGCAGCAGAGCUCUAAACAGGAACUUCAACCAAACAGUAGACUCACAACACAACACAGCCCAGGUGAGUGAGAAUGACACCAGCUUACCAACUGACAAGAGUGACAGUUCAGUCUCCGAGGGUCACAGUCACCCCUGGCAGUACAGUGACCUCCAGAGAGAGACCAAGAAGGCAGUGUACCGUAAACUACUCACACGAACUCUCCAGCAUCACCGACAAGCUUACCAUAGACUCCGGGAGAUCGUGGCGGCUGAAGGAUUCAAGGACACUAUCAUUCAUCAGUGGCUUAUGUUCACCACGGGUCGUAACGCCGUCCUUCGUAUCCUACACAGCCUGAAGGACGACAAGGACUCAGAAGGUAGGAGUCUCCCCAGCAGUAGGUCUAAGUCCUCGGUAGAAAUUCCUCCUCAAUCUGAAUCUCCCAACACACAAACAGAUUCAGAGUCGACGGUCAGCCCCGCAACACAAGCAACGCAAGACACACGAUUUGGACUACCUCGUGUGGCCAGAGAAGUGAAGGAACCAUCAAGACACAACACCAUACUGAGCCUCCUGAUGGGGAUGGUGAAGGAGGAUCUCAACACCUUCAGCCCUUCACGCACUGAGAGGCGGCGUCGUAGCCAGGGAGGUAUGAUGUACCUGCCUGUAGGAGGGACGACGCAGGUACAGUGCCCAACAGCUGCUGAUGCUGCUGGCGUCUCCAUCACCCAGAUGGCCUUCCUCACCAUCUGCCUCACCGUCUUCAACAUCAUCGUCAACAUCAACAACAACAUCAACAACAACAACAACAAUAAUAACAUCAACUCUGACAACAACCUGAGUAACAACAACGCCCAACUCUCCCUCAACGUCAACAACGCAGCUCAGGUGAACGUCAUGCUGCCACCACCGAACCCUGGACGUAAGAGAAGGUCCUUCGUCAGGAACAUUUGGCGUGAGGCGAGACCUAGCACCACCAUCAUCUCCCUGAACCACAUCUUACAGCAGGUAAAACAAGAAAGGAAACUCAAACAGAAAGAGUCACAGAAACACUCCCGAAGGAACACCUGGCGUCAAUCCAUCAUGCCUACUGACUCCAACGUUUCCCUCGACACCUUCCUACAGCAGCGUCAACAGGAAAGGAAAAGGAAAUUGCAACAGGAGACGAUAGGACCUCUGAACAAGAAUAGGACAGCGGAAGUGUUCUCAGAGGUCGUUGGCGUGUCAGGGGAGGAGCUUCAGAAAGGAGACAGUGUACCAAAACUUCCCCAGCAGAGAGCGGAAGUGGCUGUAGGAUUCAUGAAGGUCGUGAAGGAGUGGAUGAAGAACUCCCCUCAGGUCUCCCCAUCGUGUAGAGGACUCCUUCUGUGUGGUAGCCUCAAGCACCCUCACACACCCCUGGACACCUGGCUCAAUGUCUUCGUCAGCUUCGUGACGCACCAGAGAGUAACGGGCGCCGCCACCAGUCUCCACCACUUCGUCAGGUCCGCCGUCACUGGUCAGGGCUGUCGUCACCUGUUCCCAGAAUGUAAACAAACCCUCGUCAGCUGAUCAAAACACUCGUCAGCUGAUGUAUAUAUAGGAACAUAAUGGAGAAAACGGCAGCGGGGCCAUUUAUUCAAUUCUAUGUUCAAUAAUUAAUUCAUUACUUUAUUUGUCUACUUAGUUUUUCAUUUAUUCAAUAAUUCGCCUCUUCUA